AUGGGGUGCCCGUUGGGGAUAUGUAACGACGGAUGCGCUCAUGCAAGAAGGGAACAGACGGGGGGUGGGCACGGGGGCGGGUUCGACAGCGCACGGCAGAGAACUCAGGUGCCCAGCAGCCCAGCAGCCCAGCCCGGGCCGGGCUCCUUUGCCCCAGUGCCCCCAAGCGCCAUCCACCGAACGAGCAGCGAGCAAUGGGGGGGAGGACUCUGGGAGUGGAGACGGUGCAAGGCCCCUGUGAAGAACCUUGUUGGCGCGGGCGCCGGGAACGUCGCAAUGGGUCACUUGUUGAAGGCGCAAGCUGUCAACGGCUCGCUGAUUUGUGAAUUCCGAUGCGCUGGGACGCCGCUCACAACGAAAGACCCGAAAAGCUCAAGGAAUGAACCCCUGGCUUGUGGGCGUGUGGAGUUCGACAGCGAUAACGGCUCCGGCAUUAGCAAGCAAGACGCGCUGCCGUCCCGGCUGUCUGUGCACUCCACUGCAGUCAACGUGGCCAGGGAUGGACACCACUUGGGGUUGUAUCGCGGGAUCUUGUCAGGUCUGCUCACCGCUUCAUCGGAUAAGUCGUCAAAAUCCACACCGAGGGUGAACGACCGAUCGGCCCCGGCUGCGUUGAAGAUUUUUGACCCAGGGGUUCCUUGGGCUGGCUUGCAGGCGUGGACAAUGAAUCCCACAGCGAUGCUUCCCAAACCUGCAGAUCCCUACAACCAUCCGAGGACGUCUGCAACCGUGGCCCAAGCACGUGGGUUCCUCUGUGCAACACCCACUUGGGUACCUGGGUACUUCGUACCCCCUGAAAACCGCGGGGUGGGAGGCGAAGAGCAGUUUUCGACAAGCAUCCACGCGUGCCAUGAUCCAGAUUCCCUUUUCCCUGUUCGUAUCCUCAGUAUGGAGAAUCGAGGACCCCGGUCUUAG